CUGGUGGCGCUACUGGCAGUGGGGCCGGAGGCAGGGCCGGCUGGCGAGGAAGCGGCUGGUUCCUUCCUGUCAGCGAGGGACCCGCGCGGGGGGGAGCUGCCUCCCCUCCUCUCCGGGAUGGGCGGGGCGGCCCGGCCCCGGCGGGUGUAUUGUAGCAGAGAUCAGAUGCCUGGAGCAUAAUUAGGUAUUCUGUUCAGUCUUGCCUUAGCUGUUGACUGUGACACUACCACCAUGCAUCAGAAGCUUUUGAAGAGUGCCCAUUACAUCGAGCUAGGAAGCUACCAGUACUGGCCUGUUCUGGUACCUCGGGGAAUCCGCUUGUAUACCUAUGAGCAGAUUCCUGUGUUCCUUAAGGACAAUCCGUAUAUUACAGAUGGCUACAGGGCUUAUCUCCCUUCUAGGCUGUGUUUAAAAAGUUUGUUCAUUUUAUCCAAUGAGACAGUGAACAUCUGGAGUCACUUACUGGGCUUUUUCAUUUUCUUCACUCUGGGCAUAUAUGACAUGACUUCUGUAUUACCUUCAGCAAGUGCCUCUAGAGAAGACUUUGUUAUCUGUUCUAUUUGCCUCUUCUGCUUUCAAGUCUGUAUGCUGUGCUCGGUAGGAUAUCAUCUCUUCUGCUGCCAUCGCUCAGAGAAGACUAGCCGUCGAUGGAUGGCAUUAGAUUAUGCAGGAAUUUCCAUUGGGAUCUUGGGCUGCUAUGUAUCAGGAGUGUUUUAUGCAUUUUACUGUAAUAAUUACUGGCGUCAGGUAUACUUGAUCACUGUGCUUGCUAUGAUCCUUGCAGUAUUCUUUGCUCAGAUUCAUCCCAGCUACCUCACUCAACAGUGGCACAGACUGCGUUCUGUCAUUUUUUGCUCCGUCUCUGGAUAUGGAGUCAUUCCUACUAUCCACUGGGUUUGGCUCAAUGGAGGAGUUGGUGCAGCUAUUGUGCAGGAGUUUGCCCCUCGAGUAAUUGUGAUGUACUUGAUUGCUGCUGUAGCUUUUCUCUUUUACAUUUCCAAAGUUCCAGAAAGAUACUUCCCAGAAUUCUCUUACUGCAACAGAAGUUCUGACUAUGAAUGUCUAGUCCGUAGUCACAUAUCGAUUUCCAAAACCAUGCACUGAGGCAGCUACUCCCUCUCACCUGCGGGACUGUGUUUCUACUCGCUGGGAUGGCAUACCAACAGAGGUUUUUUUGAGACAACUGCUUAGGUCUUCAAAAUGACUCAUUCACCUCAACCACUGUACAUUCUGCAGUGAAGCAGAGAACAGCUGUGCAGGUCUUCCUAUAGAGAGGUUAUGUAAUCCAACCAUGUGAAAACAGGAUAUGAAUAAUUACAUUCCGUCUUCUGACUGGUAAAACAUGAAAGGCAGUGACGUGUACUCUUGGUGAACAGCAAAUGACUUUCUCCUUGAUUUGGACUUCACUUUCAGACUUCAUUAAAGAAUAUACUGAAGAGAUUUGCCCUAAACAGCAUGCUUCUGAAGCUCCUAUGAUAAAUUGCUUCUUGGGACCUGGUCUUAGACCUUUUCACAUCCAUACAGUGUGGUGUACAAUCUAGACUUGCUAGCUAAUUGUUGUGUUUGUGCUAUGACAUUGCUGUUAUAUUUAAUCUGAAUUCUGUGGAUUCUUACUUUUUUUUUUUAAAGGAAGUUUUUUCUUUUUGAAAGAUCAAAAUGGAUUCUCUCUCUCCACUCCGUUUCAUCAUCAGUAACUUUAAAAUUAAUUCCUUCAUUUGAAAUGGACAGUGUCACUAAUUUGUGCCAUUGAGUUUCCAGGUUUCUCUCAAGAACUUAAGUGAUUCCUGUGGUUUUGCAAAUUUUACUUUUGAGAUAUUACAAAGACUAUCCAGCAACUGUAGGGUUAAGUUUAUUAACCAGUUGUGGUCAGUAGACGGUAGUGUUACACUUACUAUACAUUGCUGGAGUUUACACCAGUAUAAAUAACCCAAAGUAACUGUCCACAAAAAUAAUCCCGCUCCAAAGAGCAAAUGUAGCCUUCUGAUUACUAUGAACAAAUGCAGCAGUGUUCUUUUUAGCACUGGGUAGUCUUAUUUAAACAUGUCUGUUACUAUAAGUUUUCUAUAGCAAUUAAUAAAAGGAGACUCAGUAUUUGCCUCUAGAUUAGUCUUCCCAGUCUGAAUCCUGGUUUUAAAAAUUGCAGUUUAUUUUAAAUUUAUUUUGCCUUGAAAAACUUUAAAAAUAAUUUUACAUAUCAGUACAGAAAGUAUCUGGAUUCCUUAAUGCCAACAAGAUACCUUAAACUCCUGAACAGUUGUUUUGAUCUGUUGCAGGGAUUGAAAGAUUUUUAUUUUAUUAUAUAGAUUUCAGUGUGAAGCUGGUUGGAAACUCUGUUUUUAAAUGGAAUUAAAAUCUUAAAUAGCGUCUGGAGGGUAAUUGCUUGUGUUUACAUUCACUUGACCAGUUGCAUUAAAUGCUGCUGGCUAAUGUGAUAAAUGUUAUAAUCAGUGUUUCUCUCAAGUUUCUUCUACACCAGUAUGUUGGCAGAUCCAAUUACAACUGAGUAACAGUCCAACAUGAGACUGACCUAUAUGUCGAUUGUCAGGGAAGCACAGUUGUAAUCAUAUCCUCUAACGCAGUAGUUACUUCAACAUGGGUGGGAUGAUGUUCUGAAGGAGAUGACCCCAUGACAGGCACCUGUUUCCUUUACGGUUAUGUUGAAGUCCCUGUUUUGGGAAUGACUAUCCAGGUUCAUGCUUGGAAUCAAUAGAAACAUUUAGCCUAGUGGCUGAUGCAUGGUCUCUGAAAAUACCAGCUACAUGUUUGGCUACAACUUUUCUUGAUCACCUUAGUAGCCACUCUGAGAACUAUUGAAUGUGACCUUUAAGAAAACCACCUUGGCCAGAGAAAAGGUACAUCACCAGUCAGCAGGCUAAAAAGAAAUAUAACCAAUAGCCCAUGCUGGAAUGCCUAAAGCUGUGUAACGUACACAAACUAUUGUAAGCCUUUCCUAGAUAGGGGUGCCAUCAAAUGGGUUGAGGAGGGGAGCCAAGCGAAGAAACAGGUUCCUCUUUGAGAGAGGAUUUUUCCCCAUGUUUUAUUUUGCUCUUAACUUCAAGUAGCUAAGCCUGUUUUUUAAUUCUUGUACAAUGGAAUUGUUUGUUAACCGAGGUAAAAGGAAAGUACUUCUUUGAAAUUCAAAGAAGGUCUUUGGCAAUGGCCAUGUUGUCGAUGAAGAUGGUGACUUACUACAGUAGAUGCAGCUCUACUGUAAAGCCUUUGAACGCUAACUUAUGCUUGUGACUGAGAAUUCUGGGCACUAUAACUUUUGUACUAAUAUGUUUGAGUAUGUAUUUAUUGUAAAAUUGUAGAUUGUUGACAUGUCUAACCAUGCCAAGUUCCUUUUGAGUUCUAAACUAAAUUAGUUUCAAAAUAACUUGUUAUCAUUUAAUACUGAUGGAUUACCUCCCAAACCUCUGAGCCUUUCAAUGCGAACACCAGACCUUAUUUAUUUUUUUUAAAAACUUGUCUGCAAAACAAGUUUAAAGUGCACUAAUAAUUACUACUGAAGCCUGACUAGAAACUUGCAAAUGAAAAAGCCUGCUCUAACAAACUUCAUGUACAAUUUAAACAAUCUUCAAUUGUCUGUGUUGGUGGCUGCAUGUUGAUUUCUUUAGGUUGCUAGGUCAUUUUUUAAAACUAAUUAUAUAAUUAUUGUAGCCUUUUUCAACCACUGGAAAAGGAAAUUCAAAGUCAUGGUGUGUUUCAAUUUCAUGGAGUGCAAUUUAUCAAGCUGCAUGACUAAAUGUGUAUUAUGUGAAUAUCUAAGCUGUAAAUAAAUUUGGGUUUACUGAAUAUAUACUUAAGAAUAUUAUACACAAGAGUCAUGUCUCAUUAAAGUGAAGUGGAUGCUGCUCCUUCAGUGCCAAAACCUUGAGUUUCUACAAUGCAGUUGGGAAUCUUGAAAAUUGAAAAUGAGGAUAAUGUAAAAUUAAACUU